GAGCUUUGAUAGCAGUACGACGGAAAGAGUGCCACAAAUGGCCUUCGCCCCGCCAAUCGCUGCUGAUGUCCCGCUAUCGCAGCUGUAGGCAGAAAAAAAAGUAAAAGCAGCGCAGCAGCAGAACACGCGAGCGGGCAACCAGCCAAUUCCGAGCUCGGAGAGCCUGCACGUCGUCUUUAGCGCGGCGUCGAGCGGCAUGUGGAGGAGUGCGCGGCGACCCUGCGUGUGCGACAGCCGCCGGCAACGCCGCAGCAGCAGCAACAGCUGAGUGCCAUCUCCGGUCACCGCACGGGUCUUCGCGGACAGCGCGCCGCGUGCGCGCACGUUUAGAGAACCAUCAUGUGUGCCGAAAGAGCAUCGGACGUUCGUGCCGACGACAACGACUACAGCCGACUGUGCGGCGUAGGUCGCUGCAGGCCGCGAGCACUUCAGGUGUUCGCGCGGCCGCAGCUGUUCACGCUGUUGUACAGCGCCGUGAGCAUCCUGCAGAACGCACACUUCUACUACUUCUUCGCCAUCAUGUCGACGCUGCAGCGACGGUACGGCCUGUCCAGCUGGUCGAUCACGGUGAUCCUCUUCGCUGACAGCGCGAGCCCGUUCUUUGUGAGCUUCCUGGUAGGACACUACUCGCGCACCGUGUCCAAGCCGCUGCUCAUUUUCUGCGCCAUCGUAGCCCUCGUGAUCAGCUGCUUGAUGAGUGCGCUGCCGUUCUUCCUGUACGGACCCGGGCUCGCCCUAGGUGUCGUGGACGCUGCCGCAGACACCCUGGAUACGUGCCAGACGGCGGACUCGAUGCAGCCGCUGCAACCAAGUUGCGAAGGCCGCGGCAUGCCGGAGUCUUACGUCGUGACGGCCGUGCUGUUCACGGCCAACUGCUUCUACGGAUCCGCGUACAGCGUGCUCUUCAUCUCCGGGAGCACGUACGUGGAUGACAGCGUGAAGAAGAAAAACUCUCCUCUGCAUUUCGCCACUGUUGCCAUACUAAGGCUGGCCGGACCAACGCUUGGCUACUCCCUGGGAUCCUUGUGCCUGCGCUACUACGAGGACCCUCGAUUGGACCCAUCGCUGGAACGGACCGAUCCUCGCUGGGUGGGUGCCUGGUGGAUGGGAUACAUGGUGCUAGGUGCCUGUCUGGCAGCAACCGCAUUUCCUGCACUCUUGUUCCCGCGCAACUUGUCGCCACCGGCUUCACGAUGUGCUGCCCGAGAAGCACCCGCAGAGAACGCCAAUGGGAUGAGUACCUUCUGGCGUUCGCUACGGACCCUGUUCGGGAACCCAGCUUACGUGUUCCGGCUCAUUUACUGGCUGCUGGCGAGUAACGCGACCUUGGGCCACGCCAUGAUGAGCUCCAAGUACGUCGAAGUUCAAUUCAGGACGUCUGCCUCCCAAGCCAGCUUUCUCAUCGGUCCCGUACUGAUGGUAACCAACGCCCUGGGGCUUGGCAUGGGUGGCUUGGCCCUGCACGCCUUCAGGCCAAGGCCUCGCCUUGUGACGUUGUACAUGACGCUCUGCGACGUGGCCAAGCUCGCCUGCCUCGUAGCGUGCGCCUUCAUUGGCUGCGAAGCCAUACGGCUGGCUGGCACCAUCAGCACCGUCCCUGGCCACGGGUCGUCGAUACAGGUAGCUUGCAGUGAUACCUGCAACUGCACCACCAGGAACUUCCAGCCCGUUUGCGACCCCGUCAAAGACACGGUUUUCUUUUCGCCUUGUCACGCGGGCUGCACCAAGAUAUCUGCAACAGAAUCCGGUACGGUGUCUCUCGGCAACUGUUCGUGUUUCCCAAGACUGCCUGCCCAAUACGAGUACCAGGACGCCGACCAAGAGGCACCGUACUUGGGUUUGUGCACCACCGACGCGUGCAGCCAUGUGAUGACGUUCAUUGCAUUGUCAUCGUUGAUAGGCUUCAUCGUCCGCACCACAACUGUAGGACACACAAUUGUCGGACUCAGGAUUGUACCUCGCGAGGAGAAAGCGAUGGCUCUGGGCGUCCAAGAAGGCCUGAGCAGUAUUUUUACUUACAUUCCGUACCCGAUGCUCUACGGGGCCAUCUUCGACUCCGCUUGUCUCGUUUGGGAGGACAAGUGCGGCAAGCCGGGUGUCUGCUGGCUCUACGACACGGAUCGGCUGCGAUACGCCUACCACGGCUUGUCCGUCGCCAUCCUGCUCGCCGCUAUAGUCUUCGAGCUGGGCCUCGUUUACCACAGCGGUCGCAUGUCCGACUUCUACUCGGACGUGCCUGCCCCGUCAUCGUCGCUUCACAAAUCUCCCGUAGUGAUCUCGGACGGUCCCGAAGGUUCGCCUCUAGUUGACGGGCAGAAGAAGACGAAGGCUAGAACGAAAUGUGAGGCGGCGGAAGGAGGAAGUGGUGGAAGCGAAGACGAAGAUCUUCUCAGCGACGAAGAUCGUCAGACAUCGUGCGGCUGCUGUAAGCAGGAGCCGAAAGAUCAAGCGUCGACGUGCUGAAUAAGCAGUCCGCGCUUAUGUUCAGAGAUGAGUUUCAACGUGAUGUGGCACUCGUUCAUGUCUACCAGCGGACGGGUCCAGUGGAUGCCUUUAUCAAAGAAUUGACCAAUCCAAACGUGGCGCUAAGCACUGGUCUCGCGUGCUGUGUUCAACGUGCGUCUUUUUACAGCUGUGAGCAUGCACUGGAUUUCUUCAGUGGCCCAAGACACUGGCGUGUAACAUAUGCGUUGUGCUCCCGUGUGGCUUUACAGCCACGAUAUGAACGAUUCUGCAGAGACAACCGCGGUCGGGCUUUUAUGACAAGCUCUGGUGGAACUGUGCGGAGAAAUACCGGCCCUGCAACCAUCACGAUAAAAUUGCUACUUUAAAGCAUGGCGAAAAGUGAUAAGGUAUCCUUUUUUCGUAUGGACAAGCUCGGUGGUGCCUUGAAAUAUAGGUAGUGAACAUCACACAUGCAACCUGCAUGUCUGAGAAUACCCGCUAUUUUGUGGUGCUUGAAGCCCAACAUACAAUUUUUACAAACGUUAAAGGACCCCUGAACGACUUCAACUUCGAAGGCGAAAGCGCGGUUUGUUUCUCACCUUCGCUCCUCCUCCUAUACAGGUGCUAUCUGUAGUCCUCGCUGCUUAUUUCUUUAUAAGACACGUGUACAAUAUUAGUACUCGCAGUUGCAUCUAUCAGGACUUCACACUUCUUUUGGCUAUACGCUGUUAUCUUUGUUCUUAACAGUACAAAACCCACUAGAUGAGGUGAAAUCAGUUCAUCGUGCAUGACAGCCAAGCGAGACAUGGAAAACGGUCGUGCGACUGCAUGGCAAUGUGUCAUGUUAGGCAUAUAGUAACUGAUGUCGCAUGUAGAUGGAUUAACCGAGAGCUUGUAUCCGAGCAACAUCACUUACAUUGUCGGCAUUACAUAGUGCGGCGAAAAAAAAAGGGAUACUUCUGGGAAGAAAGCGCUGACUGCAUGCAUCUUCAGUUGUCGUUUAGGGGCCCUUUGAGAAUGUCUGCUUUACUGAUGUUGCGCAUCCCGUGCCAAAUAAGCUAUAGGUGUACAGCAUGCGUGCGCAUUGAAUUGACCACUGAAACCAACAUAAGAACCUGCUGGUUGCUGUGCUUGUAUAACAUGUUAACUCGUUUUGUACACAGAGUACAAACUACGGACUCUCCGUCCUUCGACCCGUACAUCGUGCGUGCUGCACAGUACAUGAAACUCGAUGAUAUUUAAAUACCACUUUUGUAGGCUUCUUUGAUUAUUU